UUACAAUGGUUGACACAGAAAUGCCAUUUUGGCCCAUUAAUUUUGGAAUAAGUCCAGUGGAUCUGUCAGCGAUGGAUGAUCAUGCACAUUCCUUUGACAUAAAGCCAUUUACCACUGUUGAUUUUUCAAGCAUUUCUUCACCGCACUAUGAAGAUAUUCCUCUUGCAAGAACUGAUCAGACAAGCAUUGAUUAUAAAUAUGAUAUUAAGCUCCAGGAUUGCCAAAGUGCAAUCAAAAUGGAGCCUCCUUCCCCACCUUACUUUUCAGAAAAAGUUCAGUUGUACAAUAAACCUCAUGAGGAGUCUUCUAACUCCCUUAUGGCUAUUGAAUGCCGUGUGUGUGGGGACAAGGCCUCUGGAUUUCACUAUGGUGUGCAUGCAUGUGAGGGUUGUAAGGGCUUUUUUCGAAGAACAAUCAGAUUAAAGCUGAUUUAUGACAGGUGUGAUCUUAAUUGCCGCAUCCAUAAGAAAAGCAGAAAUAAAUGUCAAUACUGCAGAUUUCAAAAAUGCCUUGCUGUUGGAAUGUCACAUAAUG